UUGAUUUCUCACCCAAAAAAAAAAAAAAAACCACCGUCCUUGUUGUCUUCUUCUUCUCCCCCCAAAAUCCUAGUCUGCAAAUCGAUUUUUGUGUUUCAUCUCAAACAGCAAAAAAAAAAAAAAAAAAAAAAAAAAUUUAGAAUCCUCGAUAAAUACUAAAUUAUUCGAAAAAUCGAACGUACGGUACUUUAGGGUUUGGUGGUGGUUUGUUUUUCAUGUUUUUCUCCGAAGAAGCUUUGAUGUCGCAUGAAUGGAGAUUGCCUCUAGUUUCACUACGGUCCUCUCGUCUCAACCGUUCUUUGUGCCCACAAUAGUCACUGCUCUCUGUUUGCUACUCACUCUCUUCGCCUUCACCACCGUCCGAUCGAUUUCUUCCAAAGCUUCUAAAUCCGACGUGGACGGCUGCGAUUUCGCCGCGUCGGCGAACAAGAAGGGCGGCGGAGGUGGUGGGGGUUGUGAUUGCGUUUGCAAGUGCACUUCGCCGGAGAUGGUGGAGAAGGUGAAUUCCGCGGCGGUUAUUGCGGCGGAGAGACAGACCGGCGCGUCGAUGAUGGAGCAACUCGUGCCGGAGAUUACCACCCACGCGCUCAGUUACUUGGACUAUCCCAGCCUCUGCCGCCUCUCGAUGACGAAUUCGCUUAUGCGAAAAGCCGCCAAUGACGACAACGCUUGGAAAGCACUUUAUCACAAGGACUUCACAUGGGAACAGGAUAGUGUGACACCAGCCAAUGGGUGGAAGGCUUACUAUGCUGCUACAAGAGCCAUUGUGAAUAUUAAUACUGAAUUCUUCAACAUCAUUAGAGAAAGGUCUCUUCCAGCAAUGAGUCGUUUUUGGCUAAAUGCAGAUUUUGUGAAGUGUGUUCAUGCAUCAGGAGAACUCUUUUCAGGGUAUAAUGCUGUAAUACAGAGUUGGCAGCUUGCAUUUACUUGGGAGCAAGGUGUCAACUUUCAAGUUCGAGAUGUACGGGCUCGGGUUAUGUCAGAAAUGGCUUGGGUUUCCAUGAAAACCUUCGUUGACAUGGAUUCCGGGCCAUUCAAUGUAACUAAUACCUUUGAGUUCCAUAACGGACGGUGGUAUAUGGUGCAUCAUCACAGCUCCGUGAUGACCAUUGAUGGAGACGUGGAGCAACAGCUUGUGCAUGCAUAACAAAAGAGAUGAUACCAAUGAGAUAUUAAAUACUAGUCACCAAAAAAAAAAAAAAAAGGAAUAUAGUGGUGAUAUUUGCUAGCUGGAGCAACUUGCAUGAAAUUUCAUUAUGAUUUCUUUGGAUUAUCCUUAUUAGUUUUGCCAACCUCAGUUUUGGUUGUUUCGUGGUAAA